AUGGACAAUAUUCGGGCGAAGUCUGGCUUCCUUCCUGGUCUCUUUGGCCACAGAAGGGGAAGAGUCAAGACGGCAGAGAAUUCCACUGGAGCGACACCACAAGGCGAAGAUGAAAAGAUGCAAGGCCCGAAGGCUCAUCCAUUCUUCCUAAGGAUUCCCAACGGCCCUCGAAACCACUUCGUGGCCAUGUCUGGCGAAUUCGUUGGUACAUUUCUCUUCCUCUUCUUCGCAUUUGCUGGCACGCAGGUAGCCAACACUCCUCAAACCACCACCGGCAGUACCAGCACCAACCUCCCUCAAGGCCCGAACCCGGCACAACUCCUGUAUAUCAGCCUCUGCUUUGGCUUCUCGCUUGCUGUCAAUGCGUGGAUAUUCUACCGGAUCUCAGGUGGCCUUUUCAACCCAGCUGUGACGCUGGGCCUCUGCCUUAUCGGCGCAGUUCCCUUCCUACGCGGGUUCCUCGUCUUCAUUGCACAGAUGCUCGGAGCCAUGGCGUCUGCAGGCGUCGUCAAGGCCCUGUUUCCCGGUCCUCUGGCCGUCACGACUUCUCUCAGUGGAGGGACGAACAAGACACAAGGAUUGUUCAUUGAGAUGUUUCUCACAGCCCAACUCGUCUUCACCAUCCUCAUGCUCGCAGUUGAGAAGCACAAGGGCACAUUUCUCGCUCCGGUUGGCAUCGGGCUUUCUCUAUUCAUCGCCGAACUGGCCGGCGUCUACUACACCGGUGGUUCUUUGAACCCUGCUCGGAGCUUUGGUCCCUGCGUUGCCAACUCCUACUUCCCCCCCGAACAUUGGAUCUACUGGCUUGGCCCUUUGCUGGGCUCUUUGAUCGCCUCCGGCUUCUUCUGGUUCAUCAAGAGCUGCGAAUACCAAACUGCCAAUCCUGGCCAGGACUUUGACGAUCUGGAGGCUUCCGCUUACAAUCCGGAAUUGGACAUCACUCGACCCGUCGUCAGCCCCACGGCGGUGAUUGAACCAGUUUCCUCUCGCGACGGGGUGCCGAGGACUUCCAAGGACUACCGGACCACAUCUCUUCUCUCCGCGCAACGUGUCACGUCCUCCCAGGACAAUGAGAGGGCCAGUAGUGGCGCUACGGCUCCGGUGCACCACAGAACUACCCUUGACUGA